AUGCUUGCAACUCUUCCAACUCUACACCGAAAAGAUGGUGUAAUUGCAACGUACCAUGUAGAAGAUGAAGUGAAUAUUGAUGAUUUCAUCAAGGAGGUGACCCACACAGUGUAUUUUAAUGAGGCCGAAUACGAAGUGAAGUGUUCAUGUACCUUGUUUGAGAUGAGAGUGAUAAUGUGUAGACAUGUAUUAGGCAUUAUGAGAGUUUACAAAAUCCAUUCAAUGCCAAAAAAGUACAUACUAGAUCAAUGGAGGAAAGACAUAAAAGGAACAUACACUCUUAUACGAAGUAGUUAUGACAUAGUUAAUGAGAGGCCUGAAGUGAGCAGAUAUUCACGUAUCAUCAAAAAAUGCUACCAAGUAGUCACAAAUGCAGCUUCAUGUGAUGAACAUAUUGAGGAUAUGCUAGCUAAGUUAGAUGCAAUGAACUUAGGCUACCGCACCAACAAGCCGGCCCAUCAAACCAUUUCAAAGGUUGCAGUUACAACUACCGAUACAAUGAUAGUUGGGAGUUCUAAGAAAGUACUGAGUCUCAUUGUAGUGAGGGGAAAAUGCAGACUGCCAACUCUCAGAAAAAAUUCAAUGAUUGAGAGAGUGAAACCCAAGGCGAAUAAGGCUACUCAGAAGGGCAAACGUAAACAGCUGCAUGGAAUAGAAUGGAAAGUUGUUGGAACUUGUAGGAAUUUAUUUGGACAAAUAGAUGUUGGGACACAACAAAGUGUUCCUGUUCAGAUGCAACUUGGGGUUGGUGGAACCCAAUUGGAUAGCUUGACUGGCUCACAACCGUGA